AUGGCUUCAAAGUUUCUUCGAGAAUAUAAGCUAGUUGUCGUCGGUGGUGGUGGUGUCGGAAAGUCUUGCUUGACCAUUCAAUUGAUUCAGAGUCACUUCGUGGACGAAUAUGAUCCGACGAUUGAGGAUUCGUACCGCAAGCAGUGCGUCAUUGACGAUGAGGUCGCUUUGUUGGAUGUUCUAGAUACCGCCGGCCAGGAGGAAUACUCGGCGAUGCGCGAACAAUACAUGCGGACCGGCGAAGGCUUCCUUCUCGUCUACUCGAUAACGUCGCGUCAGUCAUUCGAAGAAAUCAUGACGUUCCAACAGCAGAUCCUACGAGUUAAGGACAAGGACUACUUCCCCAUCAUCGUCGUCGGAAACAAGUGCGAUUUGGAGAAGGAGAGAGCGGUCACAGAAGAAGAGGGCGAGGCGCUAGCACGGCAGUUCGGCUGCAAAUUCAUCGAAACCUCCGCCAAGUCUCGCAUCAACGUUGAGAACGCUUUCUACGACCUCGUGCGCGAAAUCCGUCGGUACAAUAAGGAGAUGUCCUCGUACCCGUCCGGGGCAGGCGGCUUCGGCUCCCGCGCCCCCGAGGGCAAGAUGGACGUCAGCGAGCCUGGCGAGAGUGAAGGGUGCUGUAAAUGUAUUAUAAUGUAA